AUGGGAGGAGCUGGUGGACUUCCCUCCCCUCCAUCCUUGUGUCCUGUCAACCUCUUCACUGGCCUGGCCAGGCCCCCACAUGCCAGUCUCCCCAGAGACCCCAAACCGAAGAUCCUGCAGGUCUGCCCCACUGCUGGGCAUAGCAGGUCCUGGACAGAGGCCUGUCUUCUGCAGCUACCCCAAAGGCUGCUCCUGCUGGGGGCGGCCGCCCUGUCUGCAUUUGCUCUGGAGACAGGUGAGCUUGAGGGGGCUUGGCUGGGUUGGGCAGGAGAUUCAGGUCCCACCACCCUCAUGAACUGUGUUUCCCCAGUAGGCACUCACCCUGAUGGGCUUGGACCCCUUGAGUUGGGGGAGGCUGCGGACCUGGUGGACCUCUGCGGGCUCAGGGGGUCCUGCAGGCCCAAGAAGGGUCCGGACGAUGUCACCGGGGCAGGGAUGGUCAGGCCGCAGACAGGGGCCCCCGGGGCCGGGGCGCCCCCGGCGGGCCCUCGUAGAACUGCAGGCCCUUCGUCCGGACCCUUCUGGGGCCUGUGCCUGCUCACGAGAGGCCGCCAGCCCCGCGUGGACUUCGUGGGCGAAGUCACCUCUUCCCGGUUAGCACAAAAUAGGAACUCAGUAAAUGUUAGCCAUCACCACCAUUAUCUUUAUGAUCAUACACCUGUCUCAGGAAUGCUCAUCCCUACUUCAUCUGCAAUGCACAUGGGAACAGCCCUCUCCUGCUCACGCCUCCCACAUUCCCUCACUACAGGGCCACACUUCCUGGCCCAGCACACUCAUCUCAUGCCUCCCCUCUUGGCUCCAGGAUCCUGUGGUGGCUACUUCCUCUGUCGGAAUGGCAGGUGCAUCCCCCCGAGCUUGGUGUGUGAUCACUGGGGCAUGGACAACUGUGACGAUGGUAGUGACCAGGCUUCCUGGCCACCAGCUGACUGCAGAGAUCCUUCUCUGGUGCCCAGCCAGGCAGGGAGCACAGACGGCACCUUCAGGCCCCCGACUGUGCCCCUAGCUCUCGAUUCUGCAGGCCCCCUCCAGACGGCAGCCAAGAGGAGUCCCCUAGCAGGCCAGGACCCUGCACAAAAGGAUGCAGCUCCGGAAGGCAGAUGA